UCUCUCGCUAAAUGUUCUCGCGCUCUGUAUAGUGCGCGUCGACUUAAAGUAAUGAUGCCGCGAAACUCUUAUCGCGAUGCUUAAUUCUCCGGAACACCCUUGUCGAAGUAAAACGGAAAAUACACGCGCGGAUGCCAGCCAAUCUGCCAAGAGAUUGACGAGAAUCGCCUUGGAACAGAAACUAAACUCAAGAGUCGAGCUACCGAAGGUAUGAGCGAGGACUGCGGACUAUGCGGGAUUCAUCCCAGAUGGUUGCGAAAUCGGGCCACCCCGAAAAAUUUCAUCGCGGUCUACGGUUUGCUGGGCACCGUCCAGGCGAUGGCGUUCAUCUACAUCGUCGUUACCUUGACGACUCUGGAAAAAAGAUUCAAAAUACCCGGACGCACGACUGGUUUGAUACUUUCGGGUAACGAGAUCUCGCAAAUAUUUUCCUUGAUCUUGACCUAUUACGGAGGGUCCAGUCAUCGGCCGAAAUGGAUCGCGGUUGGUGUCGGCUUGAGCGGGUUGUCCUGUCUCGUGCUGGCGAUACCGCAUUUUAUAUACGGUCCCGGGAAGGACGCGCUGGCGCUGACGAAGGAAUAUCUGGAUCAGACGUUGCUGAACAUGACGACGGUGUCGAACGAUCUUCCGCUUUGUCCGCGCAUGUACGAUCCGACAUCCUGCGAUCCCGAGACCAUAAUGAGCGUGAGUCUCAUUCCCCGAUUAUUGGUCUUUAUAUCCCAAUUUAUCCUCGGAAUCGGAACCACGCUUUAUUACGGCCUGGGACAGACGUAUCUGGACGACAACACGAAAAAGAAGAACACCCCUAUGCUCUUUGGUUGCAUCUUCGCUUUGCGCACCAUCGGCCCGGCUAUAGGAUUUCUAUUGGGCUACGCGUGCCUAAGUUUGUACAUAGAUCCGAAACUUCAUCCCGUUAUCUCGCCGAAGGAUCCGCGAUGGUUGGGCGCGUGGUGGCUCGGAUGGAUCAUUCUCGGCGUUAUGUUGAGUAUGUUCGCCGUUUUGAUCGCUAUGUUUCCACGUGAGUUUCCCAAAUCGAAAGACACUUCCAAGAAGGACGGCGAGAUACCUUUGAAGUUCGAUUUGGUGCUGCAGCAAAAGCCUUCGAUACAGAUGGAACCCACCAAUCCGAUAUCUCUGGAUGUUGAGUACAUACCGACUAUUCGCGAAUUCCCGAAAGCCGUGAAACGGCUGUUGACAAACUGGUUGUUGACCUGCAACAACCUGAGCACUGUAUUUUACAUACUCGGCGCCUCGGGCUACAUCACGUUCUUGGCGAAGUAUCUUGAAGUUCAAUACAGUACAUCCGCGGCUGGCGGCACCGUGAUAGCAGGUCCCAUAUCGCUAGUUGGUAUGGUAUUAGGAUUCUUGUUAUCGGGAUUUAUAAUCAGCAAGUUUAAACCGGGUCCUCGACCGCUACUCGCUUGGAACGUGUUUGUCGGGAUCUGCUUUGUCGCGGGACAGGUGUCGUUUAUAUUUUUCGGGUGUCCGGAUCUCGGAAUACGCGGCGUGAACUUGGACACCAUGCAAAUAAACUUCACAGACACUUGCAACGCCGAUUGCAAUUGCGAAGGUAUCAAGUACUCGCCGGUUUGCCACGAGGCGUCCAAGACGACCUUCUUCUCCGCCUGUCACGCGGGAUGCCGGACGAUGCUGAACGAUAAAGAAUUCGGCAACUGCAGUUGCCUGUCGUUGGACGAACCGAACGACCGUAUCGGAGAUCACGUCAAUGAUUUUAGUUCCAGCAGGCUUUUCCUCACGGAGCCGUUCGAUUCGCAGACGAUCUCGCCGAUCUCGUACGACAAGGUUAGAGCCGGCCCGUGCAUCAACAAUUGCAGCAAGCCGUAUUUGCUCUUCAUGGUGCUGACCUGCAUAAUCCAAACGCUAGGAUGUUCCGGAAGGAUCGGCAAUGUUUUGGUGAACUACAGAAGCGUCGAGAAGAAGGACAAGAGCUUCGCUCAGGGUAUCUCGCUGAUGAUCAUCUCGCUCCUGGCUCUGAUUCCGGGACCGAUUAUUUACGGGGCGAUCAUCGACUCGACCUGUUUGAUAUGGGACGAGACCUGCGGGACCAAAGGAAACUGUUGGUUCCAUCACCGCGACAACUUUCGAUAUUUCGUCAACGUGUCGUCGGCUGGAUUCACCAUGAUAGGAGUGUUAUUUGACGCCGUGGUGUGCUAUCUCUGCAAGAAUUUGGAUUUGUACGGCGCCGAGGAGACUGACAAAAGGCGCGAGUUCGUCAAGGAGGACGCCGUGACCGAUGUUUCGGACGACAAGAAAGAACUCAAUGGGAAUUUGCAUCAAAGGAUAGAGAGUAGUAAUUUAUAACGCUCGUCUCGCUGCGACUCAAUAAUAACGUGAUGAUUGUGAAAUUCUCUAGGUACCUGAAAUUUCGGCGCUUUCACGACUGAUGUUAAAAAAAAAAAAAAAAAAAAAAAAAAAAA